CAGGACAAGGUGCCCGCCAAGUGAGGCUCAGUUCGACGCACGCCCCUGACUUCCAUGCCAAGUAUGGCACUGGCCUGAUGAUCGGAGGAGUCGCGUUCUGUGUGUCUGUCUGGGGAUUUGUACGUUUGUUUUAAUCUUUGUGCACUUUUCUAGUAUAACACCUUGUGAUAUAGAACAAUGUAUAGAUUUGUAUAGUGUUGUGUGUAUUAUUCCUUCCCCACAAGCUAUGCAUCAACAUCAAAUGUAUUUAUAAAGCCCUUUUUACAUCAGCAGUUGUCACAAAGUGCUUAUACAGAAAUCCUCACUUGAGGAUUUAUUUCACUUGCUAUGUACACACCAGUUGUUUUGUGAUGCUCAAAGUCUCUCCUCGUUUUUUAGGUACUGACACAAACCGGCAUCACAUGGAAUCUGUCUCCAGUCGGCAAGGUCCAGCCUAAACCAUGGAGGGAGGUAGAAGAA